UUUUUCUUUGGAAGUGUAAUACUUCUACUGGUAUUUCUUACUGUUGGUGGCGGGACUCCGCAAAAUAUCGACGGUGUUAGCUUCUUGCAUUUUUCAGAAAGUCAGAUUCGUAUUCUGUAUGGAUCAUAUUUCGUGGUUUCUCUGCUUUCUAUUUUGAUUUUCGUUUUCCUGCCAACGAAACAGUACAAUAGCAUAGCUUCACAGACAAAACCGAAGGCGUGGACCUUUAUUGGAGAACUCAAAUCGCUUGCCGAAACAUUUAUGUGCAAAAAUAUGAUGAUUCUCGCGCUGGCUUUUCUUUAUCAAGGAGUUUUCACAUCGUUCUAUCUUGCUGUAUUUCCCACAACAUUCAGCUUCGCCCACUCCUUGAACAAAAACGCCCACUUGGUUGCAUUCUAUGGCAUUUGCUUAGGACUCGGCGAGUUCGUUGGAGGUCUAUUCGUGUCUUUCCUGUCGAGGCGAAUACACAACUUUAGUUUAACGCCAACAAUGCUUUGCCAUGCAGCGCUCAGCAUCUGCUUCCAGACGCUUGUUCUCCUAGCGUUUCCCAACUGGUCAACAGCACGGCCAUCCGGUGGAGAAGGCCUCCUGCUAUCGCCCACAGUCCUUAUUUGCGUCAUCUGCGGUCUACUUGUGGGUUUGGCCGAUUCAACAAUCACUACUGCUCGAACAGUGGUUUGUCAAAUUGCAGUACCCCAUCGACGACCUCAAGCCUUCUCACUAAGUAGGCUGAUACAGUCGAUUUCCUCAUCAGUCACACUCUUCUUGUCACCACAAAUGUCAGUGGCCUCAUGGACGGUGGCGGUGUUGGUAAUGUUGGCUAUAGGAACGACUUCUUUCGGGUAUGUAGCCACGGAGACCACAAAGGUCUCCCCGGAUGAAACGAAUGACGGUGCUAUUUAG